CCUGGCCCGCCGAGCCAUGGCCGCCCCGGAUCCGGCGCCGAGGCGGGGCCGGGAGCGGGAGCGGGAGCGGGAGGACGAGAGUGAGGACGAGAGCGACAUCCUGGAGGAGAGCCCAUGCGGGCGCUGGCAGAAGCGGCGGGAGCAGGUGAACCAGGGUAACAUGCCAGGGGUCCAAAGCACGUUCCUGGCCAUGGACACGGAGGAGGGGGUGGAGGUCGUGUGGAAUGAGCUGCACUUCAGCGACAGGAAGGCCUUCUCUGCCCACGAGGAGAAGAUCCAGACCAUGUUUGAGCAGCUGGUGCUGGUGGACCACCCCAACAUCGUCAAGCUACACAAGUACUGGCUGGAUGCGUCCGAAGCCAGUGCCAGGGUUAUCUUCAUCACAGAAUACGUGUCAUCGGGCAGCCUCAAGCAGUUCCUCAAAAAGACCAAGAAAAACCACAAGGCCAUGAACGCUAGGGCCUGGAAGCGCUGGUGCACGCAGAUCCUGUCCGCACUCAGCUUUCUGCACUCCUGCAGUCCCCCCAUCAUCCACGGGAACCUGACCAGUGACACCAUCUUCAUCCAGCACAACGGCCUGAUCAAGAUCGGCUCGGUGUGGCACCGCAUUUUCUCCAAUGCGCUCCCGGACCACCUUCGGAGCCCAGUCCUCGCCGAGCGCCAGGAGCUGCGGAACUUGCAUUUCUUCCCGCCCGAGUACGGCGAGGUCGCUGAUGGCACCGCCGUGGACAUCUUCUCCUUCGGGAUGUGUGCACUGGAGAUGGCUGUGCUGGAGAUCCAGGCCAAUGGGGACGCUCGCGUCACGGAGGAGGCCAUCGCCCGAGCUAGGCACUCACUGAGCGACCCUAACAUGCGGGAGUUCAUCCUCUCCUGCCUGGCUCGGGACCCUGCGCGGAGGCCCUCUGCCCACAGCCUGCUCUUCCACCGGGUGCUCUUCGAGGUGCACUCACUGAAGCUCCUGGCAGCACAUUGCUUCCUUCAGCACCAGUACCUCAUGCCUGAGAACACGGUGGAGGAGAAGACCAAGGCGGUGGACCUCCAUGCAGUCCUGGCUGAGAUCCCGCGGCUCCACCGGCCCCCAGUGCAGUGGCGGUAUUCGGAGGUGUCCUUCUUGGAGCUUGACAAAUUCCUGGAGGACGUCAGGAAUGGGAUCUACCCACUGAUGAACUUUGCCACCACUCGGCCCCUGGGGCUGCCUCGUGUGCUGGCCCCACCCCCUGAGGAGGCGCAGAAGGUCAAGACCCCCACUCCUGAGCCCUUCGAUUCGGAGACCAGAAAGGUGAUCCAGAUGCAGUGUAAUAUGGAGAGAAGUGAGGACAAGGCGCGCUGGCAUCUCACCCUGCUGCUUGUUCUGGAGGACCGCCUGCACCGGCAGCUCACCUAUGACCUGCUCCCAACCGACAGCGCCAAGGACCUAGCAGCUGAACUCGUGCACUACGGCUUUGUCCACGAGGACGACCGGCCAAAGCUGGCCACCUUCCUGGAAAGCACCUUUCACAAGUACCGCGGGGCACAGCCCUGAGCCCACGGCACAGCCUGGGGGUCUACAGUCCACAUGGGGAAGAGCCCAGCCCUGCAGGAGUGCGGCCCCUGGACCAGGGCCGCCUCUUCCCUCCUGUGACCCUGCAAGCCUGGUGCUGGUGAACACACCCUGCAAGUGAACCUACGCCUGCCAACAGCAGGCAGGACUGAGGUCCUGACCCCAGGAGGCCCUGAGGGUGGAGGGGCCUAUAGGCCCAGCCCAUUGGGAUGAAGGAGCCUGGAGUGGGGGGUGGGUAGGGCCAGUGCGUGGAUAAGGAGCAGGAUACCCCCCCACCCCCGUGCCCCACCCAGCCUGGCUUCCACCACAGCAUCUCUUCCAGGGUUUCCCCCUUUUCCUUGGCCAGGAGCCCCUGGAAACCUGGCUGGCCAGUGCCUGGGCCUCUGAGCCCUUGCCUGGGGAAGCUGCCUGUAGGAAGGAGCAGGGUGGUCAGCCCUGGACAAGCAGCUGCCCAAAGAACUGCUUCAUCCUGCCUGGGAGAGCAGCCAAGCGGAGCCUGGAGCCCAGGGUGGAGCUUCUUCAGGUGUUGGGCUCUGCUGGGUGCUGGGCACUGGGCACCUGCCCAUGGGUGCCCAGCAGUGACCACAGAGCAAUGGCGUGGUGGGAGAAGCAGACAACAGAGACACUGCUGAGAAGCCUGUGGUCCGGGCUCCUCGUGGUUCUCACACCUCUGAUCCUCAGAGCAGCCCCAGAGUUGAGGCCACUGUCAGCAAAGCCCCGGGUCCCAUGCAGGCCACCCUUAGGCCCCCCACUCUGACUGCUCCUUCCAUCUGCUCAAGACUGGGACCUGCAGCCCCCCACGACGCUGUUCCUACCCACCUCUGCAGCCGCCUCCAAGGGGCUGUGUUCUGUCCUUCAUACCCUGCUCCUCCCCUUGAGCUCACCCCCUCCGACUUCCUGAAGAUAUCAGGCCCUGGCUCCCUGUCUCUCCCUCAGCUCCUGUCUGAGUUGAGGGUGUCCUUUCCAUGACCCUAGCCUCUCAGUCCUUGAGCCACCCCGUCUCCAUUUUCAGCAUUUAAAAUUGCGUGUCUAAACUAGAGUAUUCCUUCUUAAGCAUUUCAAAUCCCAAACCAGGAAAGCUGUAUCUGUUUUCUAUUGCCGCCAUCAUAAACGACCACAAACUGAGAGGCUGAAAACAACACAGACACAGUACCCAACGGUUCCGGAAUCACAGAUCUGACGGGUCCUACGAGCCUGAAGGCACAGUGAUGGCAGCUUGGGUCUCCUCCACAGGCCCUGGGAGGAGUCGUUUCCCGCUCGCUCGGGCAGCUGGGGAAGUUCACCUCCCUGCAGUUGUAGCACCUAGGUCUCCAUUUCGUUGCUGGGUGCAAGCCGAGGUCUGUCCCCAGCUUCUAGAGUCCACCCACAUCACUAGGCUCAUGACCUCUUCCUCCAUCUUCAAAGCCAGCAAUAGCAGCUGAGUCUUUCUCACAACCCAUCUCUCUGCUCUACAGCCGAGAAAGGUUCUCUGUUUGUAAGGACUCGUGGUUAGGUUGUGUCCACCCGGCUAAUCUAGGAUCAUCACCCCAUCUCUAGGUUCUUUACCUUAACCACAACUGCAAAGUCCCUACUGCCAUAACAUGAAGUAUUCAAAGGUCCCAGGGAUUAGGGUGUGGACGGACACCUGUGAGAGCCGUUAUUCCACCUACCACACCACUAUAACCAAAAAACAAAAAACAAACUUACCAAGGCCUAUCAAAUACAUUAAAUGUACAAAUAUAGUGAAU